GAAAAAGAAAUAAAUGAAUGGUCUUAGUUCCUCGCUCACUUCAAUCUUCUCCUCUAUUAAUAGCGAUCAGAGCCUGCAAUCUCUGCGCCACGCCAUUCGAUUCGAUCCAUUUUGUUUUCUUCCCUCUUUCACCGCCAUUUUUCUUCAAUUUAAUGGGGAGCGCUGGAGAAACGAAUUACGGUUCAUACACAUAUCAAGAGCUUGAAAGAGAGCCAUAUUGGCCAUCGGAGAAUCUAAGAAUCUCGAUCACCGGCGCCGGUGGCUUUAUUGCCUCUCAUAUUGCUAGGCGUUUGAAGAAUGAAGGCCAUUACAUUAUUGCUUCUGAUUGGAAAAGGAAUGAACACAUGACAGAAGAUAUGUUCUGCAAUGAAUUUCAUCUUGUUGAUCUUAGAGUGAUGGAUAAUUGCUUGAAGGUCACAAAGAAUGUUGACCAUGUCUUUAACUUGGCUGCUGACAUGGGUGGAAUGGGCUUCAUUCAAUCCAAUCACUCUGUUAUUAUGUAUAAUAACACCAUGAUUAGCUUCAACAUGCUUGAAGCUGCAAGAAUCAAUGGUGUUAAGAGGUUUUUCUAUGCAUCUAGUGCUUGCAUUUACCCUGAAUUUAAGCAAUUGGAAACUAAUGUGAGCUUGAAAGAGUCAGAUGCUUGGCCUGCUGAGCCUCAAGAUGCUUAUGGCUUGGAGAAGCUUGCGACGGAGGAGUUGUGCAAGCAUUACAACAAGGAUUUCAGUAUCGAGUGCCGAAUUGGGAGGUUCCAUAACAUUUAUGGUCCGUUUGGAACGUGGAAAGGUGGAAGGGAAAAGGCUCCUGCUGCAUUUUGUAGGAAGGCCCUCACUUCUGUAGAUAAGUUUGAGAUGUGGGGAGAUGGUCUUCAGACAAGAUCUUUCACCUUCAUUGAUGAAUGUGUAGAAGGUGUUCUUCGGUAAGUUCAAUUGCUGCAUAUUUCA